AUGCAAUACCCAACCAUCCUCCUCUCCGCGCUCGCCGCCACCAGCGCCCUCGCCCUCCCCCAACUCAACACCGCCGUCCAAGACACCUCCAUCCGCGUCACCCUCGCAGCCAGCAGCCUCGCCACCCAAACCGCAUUCGAAGAAGCCCAGCUCCCACAAUCCAAACCCCCAAUCGGCACCUCCGGCCCCUUCGACAAAGUAACCCUCACCCUCGGCGACGACAUCAAGAACCAGACCCUCCGCUGCCAAAUCCUCGACACCCACCACAACCCCAUCGUCAUCGUGCGCGGCGCAAACGUCGACACCACCAUCGCCGACGGCGACGCAGGAACCUGGACUUUCCGCGACGGCGCUUCUCAAAUCAGCAAAAUCACCUGCGACCCCAACUUCGUCAAAAGCGUCGCACCCCCUCCACCAUCCGAGAAAGACAACUCCAUCCUCGUCACCCUGAGCAACGGCCACCUCAUCUCCACGACCGAGUUCCUCCAAGCCGGCGAAGUCCGCGAGGUCCAGCAUCCACAAGGUUCCAACGGCCCUUUCACCUCGUUCGAACUUACGCUGGGCAAGGAUGUCAAGAACCAGGCGCUGCACUGCAAGGUUUUGGACGAGAAGGAUCACAAGGUUACUGCGCAGCGCGGUGAGAAUGUUGAUACUACUUUUGCCGAUGGUGGGAAUGGACCGUGGAAGUUUUUGCGCCCGGCGAAGACUAGUGUGAGCAAGAUUGUUUGUGAUCCGGAGUUUGUUAAGGCUUCGCAGUAA